AUGACGUUAAUGACUCGCUAUGUUGAUCCAGAUUCUUUGAUGAUAAGGACUGAGUUAAUACAAUUAAUUCACGUUAAUGCCACUGACUGUUGCGCUACGAAACUUCUUGAGGAAUAUACAAAUGGUUUGGAACAAAAUAAAAUUCCCCUGGAUAAUUUAAUUGGACUUACUUGUGAUAAUGCACCAGUCAUGGUUGGUAUAAAUCAUUCAUUCCAGAAGCAUUUGACCAAACGUCUUCCACAUCUUUUGACCAUACCAUAUAUAUGUCAUUCUUUAGCGCUAAUCGCUAGAGACGCUUGCAAAGCUGCGAUUCCAGCUGAAAUCGAUGAAAUUAUCUCAGGAAUUCCGAACUUCGUUAAUGGUAGUCCUAAACGUUUAGCUGAAUUUGCUGUUUUUCAGGAGGGUUUUAAUCAAAAAUCUAAACUUUUGCGAAUUGCUCCGACAAAGUGGUUGUCUCGUCAAAUCGCAAUUUCUAGGAUUUUGGAUAAUUGGGGCGCGAUGCUUUCUUAUCUGACCGAAAAAUCUUUUAUGAAUAAUGUUGCAGGUGCAACAAAAUUGCUUAGUAUUAUGAAUAAUCCCGUGACAAAAGCAUAUCUGCUUUUUUUAAAAUUUGCACUUGACUCUUUGGAAAAGAUGAAUGCACAGUUUCAAUCUAGUGAAACAUUAGUCCAUAAAUUACAACCUUCUUCAAAGAAAUCGUUCGAUGAAGUACUUCAAAGGUUCAUGAAACCAGAUUUAUUUGUAACGGGGUAA